AUGGGCUGCACAGUCUGCAACAACCUCCAACCGGACGAGGAGAUGCCCUACCGCUCCACAUCCCUUGAAGCCCUCCAAUCCUCAUUCAAGGAUGGCUGUCCUCAAUGCACCUUCAUCCUUGACGCCUCUACCCAUCUCAAACUCUUUAGCCCUUCUACCUCCACCUCCACCUCCAACUCCAAUGGCGAAAACCCCAAUUCCAUCUUCAUCUCCCUCCAACCUUCUUCAACAGACUUCACAAUUAUGUGGACCACCGCCGAUAAAGAAACAAAGUACAUCCAGAUCUACACCCCUCUCGGUCACCCGCCCGCAUGGCCAGGGAUCUCUCAAGGGCUGCAACUCUCUCCUUCGCCAGACUCAGACGAAGCAUUUGCGUUUGUCAAAGCCCAGCUUCAGGAAUGUGACGACAACCAUCCCACAUGCAAGAUUGUCGGUCCGAAGCCACCUACUCGCUUAAUCGACGUCAACUUCUCAUCGGAGUCCAUCCGCCUCGUGGAGACUGCCUUUCUCCCACCAGCCACUAAGAGCGAAGUGCCGUACAUAGCCCUAAGCUACUGCUGGGGCACAAGCAAGACCGUCACUACCGUAUCAUCCAACUACCGAGCCCACAAAGAACAAGGCUUCCUCAUCUCUUCUCUCCCUCAAACCCUGCAAGAUGCGAUAGCCGUCACCCGCCGUCUUAACCAGCGCUACCUAUGGAUUGACGCGCUCUGCAUCAUCCAAGACGAUCUAUCAGACUGGGAAGUCGAGUCAGCGCAGAUGGCGACCGUCUAUCGUAAUGCUUACCUGACGAUAGCAGCGGGCACGGCAGCUUCUUCCGAUGAGGGAUUCUUGCAAGGUCGAAAACACGCCGCUGGCGAACCAGGUAACCAGGUCUAUCAAGCCCUCUGGCCCUUAACCCACGAAGAGGGAGAGGAAGGCGGCGAAAUGAACGUGAAGACGGCAACGAAACUAGCUGCCCGCAUCCUCCCCUACUUCAUCCACGCCCCCAUCCACCCCUCUUCCAUGUCCCAAAACCCGCUCCCGCUCGAUACCCGCGGCUGGACCCUCCAAGAACGAGCUCUCUCCACGCGCCUCCUCCGUUUUAGCACACAUGAACUCAGUUGGUCCUGUCUCUCCGUGCCCUGGGAAUGCGAAUGCGGCCAUAAAGAAUACCCUUCCCCCUCCAUCCUCUCCUUACGCUCCCUGAGCGCCAUCAGCUCCUGGACUUCCACUACGGAGCCAGACCCAGCUGACCCUUAUCGGGAUAAGCAAACGCAGGUCAUGCAUUUGUGGCAGAGCUGGGACGCGAUAGUCACAGAGUAUAACUCUCGAAAGUUAACGCAGUAUCUGGAUAAACUGCCGGCGGUGAGCGGUAUGGCCAAGGUUUUUGAGGAGUUGACGGGGAGUAGCGAUGGGGAGUACAUUGCGCCGAGCUGGAGCUGGGCGAGUUUGGGAAGAAGAGUGAGCAUUAAGAUGCAUAAUGAGAUGCUGUAUCCUGAUGCGAGACGGUUCGUGCCGAGGGCGGAGGUGGUGGAUGUUGAAGCGGUGACAGUGGGGAAGAAUCCUUUGGGGAGGGUGAGGGAUGGGUGGGUUAGCAUGAAGGGAUUACUGAAGAAGGGGGUGUUAGUCGUGAAGGAGGAGAAGCCGGAAUUGCCGGUUGAGACGAGGUAUUCGGUCGUGUUUGAGGGGUUGAAGAGUGUUGAGGUUAGGGUUUGUCCUGAUACGUUGUUGGAGGAGUUUGAGGUUGUUGAUAAAGAUGGAAGUAAGAAGCGAGCAGUGAGACGGGCGCGUGAGGGGACGAAAGAGGGUGAGAAGGUGUCGGGGAGUGAGGUGUACCUCUUCCUGCUGGGCAACUUUAUGACGAUCAACCCGCGGAAGGUGCAGUCGAUAUCGUUGGACUUCUUGGUGCUUGGGCUGUCUCCGAGGAAGGGAAAGACAGGGGUGUAUGAGAGGAUGGGGUAUGGGUAUACCGAGCCGCUUUUCACGGUUCAGAUAGAGGAUUAUGUUGAUCUGGUGGAUCAAGAGUUGGUCACCAUCGUGUGA